CUAUUAUAAACCCAAAUGGUCCGCUGACAAGGAUCCUCAUCUUCCACAUUUUCCACAAUUAGGCCUGAACAUAAGCGCAAUGAAUUUCUUGACGCGAUCACUCACUACCCCGUCAGCGGCGGCGGAAACAGCCCCCUCAACAGGAGUCGAGGUUCUCAUUCAAAUUCGACAGCAAUACCCCGACAUUCAAUUCCUGCGAUUCCAAUGGCAGGACUACUCUGGAGUCCUUCGCGCCCGUGUAGUACUCCUUGACACCGCAAUAGCACAACUCACCGAGGGCAAACCAAUGAAAGCGACUGGCCUCGCGCUCACCUGCUCCGUCGACAAUCACCUCAUCCCCGGAACCCCAACGGAUGCUCAAUACUGGCUUGUGCCGGAUUGGACGACGCUGCAUCCCACCGUCGCACCGGGCAGCGCGCAGGUGCUCUGUUCGCUGGACUACACCCUCCCAGGGCAGCCAAUGACUCAAGCCCUCUGCCCACGACACACCCUUGCACGAGUGCUCGAGCAGGCACAGUCCCGCUGGAAUCUGUCAUUCCUCGUGGGUUUCGAAGUAGAAUUCGUGAUCAUGAAACCAGACCCUGCGACCGGUAAGCUGGAGCGCUACAGCCGAGGCUGGGGGCUGUUCUCUGUGGGAGGUCUGCGCGACCCAUGCUACCAACACAUUGAGCAGUGUGUUUUGAAGCUGCACGCACGCGGGGUCGACAUUCAAGCGAUUCACACCGAAGGCGUCCGGGGUCAGUACGAGUUUGCCCUGGGGCCAAAGCCGCCUAUGCAGGCCGUCGACCAGCUCAUCCUGGUGCACAGCUAUUUGAAAGACACGUUCACACCGCUUGGAUGUACGGUCACCAUGACCCCGAAGCCCGUUGUAGGCGACUCUCUGGCUAAUGGCCAGCACACACAUCUUUCACUCCAGCCAGCCAGCCCGCAGCUCGAGGCCUCUUUCCUGGCGGGUAUGCUGAAGCGUCUACCGAGUCUGUGCAGCUUUUGCCUCCCGCAGGAUGUGUCAUAUGAGCGACUUAAGCCGUUCGUGGGUGGCGCAGAUGCCGUGUGCUGGGGCACCGAAUGUCGGCUGGUUCCUGUGCGUAAGAUCGAGCCGAGUCGCUGGGAGAUUCGAUGCAUCGAUGCCAUGGCCAACAUGUAUCUCACAUUGGCGGCGAUCAUCGGGGCGGGGUUAAUGGGAUUGAACAGUCAGGAGCCGUUGGUGUGGCCGGAUCUGGGAGAUCCGGCAAAUGCGACCGCGGCGCAAGGGGAACCACUGCCAAAGACGCUGGAUGAGGCAUUGGACGUGCUGGAAGCGGAUGCAGGAGAGCUCGCGAUGGUCCUCGGUCGGCCGAUCAUCGAUCUUUAUGUCAAGACAAAACGGUUCGAGGUGGCUUCGCUGGCGAAGCUGGAUCCGGGAGAGGUGAGGGAGUUGUUCCUUGAGUUGUACUGAGGACGGCGGGCCGUCUUUUGAUAUCUUGGGAUAUACAGAUGUGGAAGAUGAGUAUCUAGUAUGUUAAUUAUGUUGGGCCUGCGCACCAUUUCCUGUCCAUCCCAAGACCUAGAAGUCAUUCAGGAUGAUGGCCUGAGGGUCUAAUUCCAUAAGGUACAUUCCUUAACCUAAAGCCGAGCAGAGAUUGUCAGUGUGAUGAUUUAUGAAGGUGGAUCAAGGUGGAUCGAGGGAGAGGCAUGUACAUGGAUACGAGAAUAUACACCCUGUCACUCCCGUUCAGAUCAAACGGCAAGCCCACGCACAGUUAAUAGUUCGACAUUCAUACCAGGUUUACAAAUCAUGGCUGGAAAUCCCGG